UUCUCUCUACACUAGCGCACGCACGAAAAAGUCCACCGACCAACACAUACACUCGGUCGCGAUUCCAAAACCCACACUACAUUCUGUCUUUCCUCGUCAUGGCGGCCUUAGCGCAAGUUACUUUUCGCUCUGUCAUCCACAGAAUUUCCACGAAAAACGUUACGAAAGGCGUGACGAGACCCGUGAGCACCAGUCCAGUGCACAAUAGCAACAAACAUCAGUACAAGACUCCGCCGAACAGAUUCAAGAAGGCAACGGCGGUCGCAUCGGCUGCGACGACAGCAGGGAGGAGAAUUGACUCUGUGGCAGCUUCACUGGCCUCGAAAGGAUUCCUGCGAUCACAGAACCCUUACGAGCCACCAGAAAAUGUCGCAUCGCAAGUAAAGGAAAUUUUCAACCAACAUCAAGUUCCGGCUGACGGGAAAGUCGAGCUAAGUUCGCUAGAAAAGAAAUACGCGAUUUUAAAGGCAUGUUCUUGCAAUUUCAACCAUAGCGUACCAAACUCGCAGAUCCAUGAAAUGAAAACUUUUGAUAACAUUGUCCAGUUUUAUGAAACACCUGUUGCCAUUACCACGCCGUUGGAGGCAUUGCGAGAAGCACAGCUUCCGGAGAACUUGCACAUUCAGCAUGAUUAUGUUCGCUUCCAUCCCGAGACAGAUACAAUGUUUGGUGGUAAAACUGCGUUCCCGAAGAGCUCGACAUUGGUGACUGGUCUGAAAUAUCGAAACAAAUAUCCGGGUCACGUCGCUAAACAGUCGUGGCCAUAGCCAAAACCACUUGCAAUGUGGAAUAUAGGAAUUAGCUUAAUGCAAUAAAGUUAAAAUGAUAUUGUAAAAAA